AUGUCAGAAACUGUGAGAACUGACCAGAGCAGUUCAAAGAACAUUUAUAGUGACCCACCAAAGAUCAAUAUUUGUCUUCCAGAUAUAAGUGAACUAACCCAGAAUUUUAAACACUGGAAGGAUGUUCAACUCCCAAUUGACAUUUUGUUGUUAACAGUGAAGGACUCUGAGUUCUUAAGUUGCUACUAUUACAUUAAUGAUCCAUUUAGAAGCUAUUUUAAAGGGCUUGGUCCUGUAUACUUUGGAAGCAUUGGUGAAGAUCAAGAUGUUAUACUGAAUGUUGCUUUGAUGAAAUGCUCAGAGGGUUCUAAAGUCCCUGGUGGUGCUUUGACUGUUGUAAAAAAUGCUGUCACUCAGCUGAGGCCAAAAGUAGUCUUUACUGUGGGACACUGUAGUGGUGUGAAUCAGGAAUCAACAAAACUGGGGGAUGUUGUUGUAUCAGAAAAGCUCACCACCUAUUCCUAUCAGAAAAUAACAAAGGAUGGAAAUAAAUUUUAUGGGUGCACAACUCCCGUAAGCAGAGACAUUGCUGCUCUCAUUCGAUAUGCAGCUUAUGGUUGGAAUCCACCCCUAGAAAAUCUUAAAGAAAGGAGAGUUGAAGUCCACUGUGGUGAGGUUUUGAGUGGUUGUGAGCUCAUACAAGCUGAGUGGCGACGAGAUGAACUAGUGAAGUCAUUUCCUUCAGGAAUUGCAAUUGAGACAGAAGGAGAGGGUAAGACCUCUUUUUCCUUUGAAGUAACUGUUACUGUAAAAUCUACUCAAAGAGAUAUUUGGAUAUAUUUGUAUCCUGGGAGAGAAAAUUGAUACUUAUAUGAUAUCAGUUGUGGUGGGUAAGUUUUCCUUCCAGUGUCGAGAGAUGCACUGGCUUGUGUGUUAACAUACUGAACUUCUGAUCAAGAGGUCUGAGUUUAAGCCCUGGGCUAAAGUGAUUGUGUUGUAGUCUUGGCUGGGACGCUUUACUCUCACAGUGUGUCUCCACACCCAGGAGUAUAGAUAGCUACUGAUGAACUGACCAGUAUUUCAUAUACAUCUGAAGGGAGUAAGAGUACAGUCUUAGUGGCUGAAUGGUAUGGUACCUAGUAGAAGCUCGUGCUACAGGGAUGAGCUCAGCACUGAGUAUAUGUAAGGUGACUUUCCAAAGUACAUGUAUAUCUCUUUACUUACAAAUCUUUGAUAACAAUAGUAAUAAUGGGAGACGUUAAAAUCAAUAGAUGUUGGAGAAAAUUUGUUUUUUUAUUCAUAAAAGCUUAUUUUUGUCUCAGGAGUUUUCAGUGCAGCACAUGAUCUGAAAACGGAGUGGGUUGUCAUCAAGGGUAUUUCAGGGUAUGCAGAUGGAACUGAAGAGAGAGAAAACUGGCAAACAUUUGCAAGUGUAAUGGCAGCUUCUCUUGUUGCCAACAUUCUAAAGGAAUGCAGUAUUUUUGAAGAUUGGCCACAUUACAAAGGUGACCUGUUCAAUUUUUGUCAUUUUUAGUCCCACAGUAUAUUUGCUUGCAGUCACUCGCUGGUCUUGUAUACUGUUUAGUUUUGUGUUUUAUAAAUGUGUUGGAACCAAAUUACCAAAACCGAAUUAAAAACAUGAUUUAUGGUCUAUGAUCAUGCGCUGACCAAUCAGAACAGUUCUUGGAUCAGAAAUGUUACAUGUUUGUCAGCAAUUUCGCAGGCUCUUCUUAUGGAUUGUUGCGCUGGGCCAACCAAAGGUGAGAAAUUGAAAAGAAUGACAUUGACCUCAACUCAACAUACAGGGGCGCUAAUUUCUUUCUACAAAGAUUGAUUGUGAGAUGCUUUCAAGCUUUUAAUAGCAUUUUUCCCCCUCAAAAGAAGACCUCCGUUCCCCCCCUCCCCCCAUAAUACACCUGGAAACUUAUGCCUUAACCCCCCCCCUUCUCUCCCCUCCAGCCCAACCUCCGUUUUAUAAACCACACACGACCCACAUUCCCCUAAUCGCUCCAACAAAGGGCUUAACGCACGAAACAUCAGCUUUAGAAACUCUUUAUGGGGGCCAAUUUACUUUAUCAACUCAGUUAAUGAAACCAAAUUAUCAUUGCUUGACUGAACAACAGUAAAUUCUUGUCGUUGGGUAAUCACGUGAGCCACCAUCGUUGUCUACAAAUUCCCAGGAUGUCUAUUGAGAAUUCUAGGUGCCAGUCUUUUUAACCCAAUUAUAGCAUGGUACCUCUUCUAAGGACUGCAGUUAAAUGCUGAAUUUUGAGGCAGAUGAAGGAAAGAUCACACGCGUCUUAAAUUCCUCACGUAGAUUUGCAUUUUAAGAAAUCUUACGCCCACAUUCGUUAGAGCAGAGAGCUUUGCAAGCAAGGUUAGGAUGCAGUAUUCGAAUCCUGGUAGUUUGAACUACAUGUAGCCGCGUGUCUGUCUCAAACUUCAUAAGGCUGUCUAACCGCUGUCUGUUUGGUUUUGUGUUCUUGAAGAUAUUUCAACUGAUAGACAACAUUCACCACUGAGUAAAGGGAUUCCGGUAGAGCCAUCCUACCCUAGUGCCCAGUCUUCCGAACAGCAAGAUGUUUCGUUGACCAAAACAGCAGGUAUUUGAAUGAACAGAUGUUGUGAGAAACUGUUUCUUUUAUUCUUAUUACUGUGCAACUCACCAUAGAGUUCUCUCUUGCUUAUUGGGGGAGCUUCGUAGCGCAGAAUCCGAAGGUCUGGGGCUCGAUUCUGCAUACUGACUCAUAACAUCUUCCUUUAAACUAAACUAAUUGGCAUUGCUGUUUGUGGUUUAGCUUUUUCUGGUCUGCUGAAUAAGUAUUUUUCUUUGAAACUUUAUGGCUUUCCGUAGAAAUUUCCUUUGUUCAAGGUUUUCUUAGUCUUACAGUAUUACGUUUUUCCGGCGAGAUUUCUUUGACGUACAAAUAAUUGCCUGCAGUUGUUGAAUUAGUAAGGAACUGAUCAAAUGCUCGCCUCGCUGUCUCCCGUGUUAAAUUACUUUUCUUAUGUUUUUAAGGUGGAAAAAGGAAGUCGUCAAACAAGUUUCCGGACCAGGGCAUAAAGCGCUCAAAGCUUGAAGGUAUUUGUCUUCUUCAGAAUCUGAAUUGUGAUUCUGACUUUUUGACUGGAGGAUUCCAAGUGUUACAUAGUUUCUUUAAGAUUUGAGUUUUUCCCUACUGUUUCGCUUAACAGAGAAAUAGUUUCACUUGUCUCAGAACAAAACAAUAUUUUUCUUAUUAGGAUUUUGUGUAGCGGAACGAACCAUAGCCACGAUUACCAGCCGCUGUUCGUGAAACGAGCUCACGCUUUUUCCCUUUACGGGAGAAUCGAAGACCGCACUCGAGAAUUAGGCGCAAAUCAAACCCCCUUCCCCAACAAAACACCGUAGUGACCAGAUCAAGUGUGAAAAUGUGAAAAUUUACCCUCGAAGUCAAUGAGUGACGUUAUUAAAGUUACAAAUUACAGAUGGAAGGAAAUAUUCUUCCCACUGUUUAAAAACCCCACUCGAGUAAUUUUCUUUUCGAUGUGUGGGAGUUUUUUACCAAGCUAUUUGUUUUGUCUACAGACUCGUCUGUAACAGAAUUUUUGGAAUGGUGCCAGAAUCAGUUGAGGGCGUUUUACAACACCAUGUGUCAAGUGAAAAUAACACCAUGGGACCCAAACAACACAGUACACAUUAACGACAUUUACAUACAGGUAACGUUUUUACAAGACCACAGAAAACCUGACGGAACAACGAAAAAAAAGCUGGGAGACAGCAGUGAAGUAUUCAAAGGCGACGAACAUCAUCCCAUCCGUAGACGAAUUCUGGUAUAUGGAAGACCUGGAAUAGGAAAGUCUACUUUCACUCAAAAAGUAGCUGUGGAUUGGGCAAAUGGCAAAAAGAAGAUCCUCAAAAAGUUCACUCUUUUACUGUUAAUCAGGUUACGAGACGUUUGUGGUAUUUCGGACCUCUGUAACAUGUUAAAAACAGCGGAACUGUUGUCUGCUGAUGACCCGAUGGCAGUCAAUAACUUGUAUGAAUAUGUCCGUCAGAACCAGGAGAAAGUGCUGCUCAUUUUGGAUGGAUAUGAUGAGUACAGCGGUGGAAAAUCAUCCCUAAUUCAUCAGAUUUGGAGAGGCAGUCAACUGAGAGACUGUUGUGUAAUGAUCACAACGCGGCGAUUGAAGGAGGAUGAACUAAGAGUGCCAAGUAAUGUUCAGUUUGAACUUAACGGGUUCGAUAGCCGGGAACAGAAGGAACAGUUUGCUAGUAAGAUUCUUCCUGAUGAGGAAGAUGUUGAAGGGCUACUUGAAUACUUGGAGGAGCAUGACCUCGAGGAGAUGGCAGAGAUUCCGCUAUUGUUGUUGAUGUUGUGUCUUCUCUGGAAAGAGAAAAAGCAUCAAUCACCAACAUCUCGUGCGGAAAUUUACGUAGGAUUUAUUCAGACUCUCUUGAAUCAUAUGGCUACUAAAGACUCGGACGACGUCGCAACAGAUGAAAGCAUAGAUAAAUAUCAAGAGGAACUUUCCAAAAUAGGAAAACUUGCCUUUGAUGCUCUUUUGGAGGACUGCCUUCAUUUUGACUUCACCAAAUUUCCGCAUGGUGAUCUCUUCGAGAGGCUUAUUCAUGUCGGUUUUUUCCAAGUUUCCAAACUUUCUGCUUGGAACCGUGAGAAGAUCGUGUAUUUUCUUCACAAGUCCGUUCAGGAGUUUCUCGCCGCCUGGUUCAUCGCUCAAGAACUGAAGGUUAAGAAGAAUGAAACCGUCACCUUCUUGUCGGGAAUGGAUACGUUUGAAAAAUCAAGGAAGAUGGCUGAAGUUCUAAGAUUCGUUUGUGAGUUGUCAUCAGAUGCUGUCGGCAUUGUUUUUGAUCAUCUACAUUAUAUCGCAGAGAAAGAAGGUCUCAGAAAUUACAAUUUCACUAGGACGCCUUCAUACGAAGAUUUGUCUGAUGAACAAUUCGCCUUUAUUGAACUCUGUGUCGAUUGUUUGUUCUGUUGUCCGGCCUCAAACAGACCAGCUGUGUAUUCUGCAUUUCUCUCACGUGUUAACCAUGUUGUAAUACUUGAUAAGAAACACUCGUCUAUUGCUGCCAAAACGCACUUCUUCAAUAACACCGACAGCUUUCCAAACUAUUUAUUUUACUCAGGUUGGAACACUAAUGAUGAUGAUCUGCUGUCCAUAUGGUUUGACUUGAACGCGGUCGUUUUAACGUGCUCUGGAGAAAUUGAAGAUGUAAAAAAAUACGCCGAUUUACACGAUGCGGACUUUUUCCUCAAAAAAAGCGAAAAGAGAAACUUUAUCUAUCUUCGUCGCAUAACAGAUGCUGUAUUUCACUCUAAACUGCUUUCUGAAUUGAUCUCAGCGCCGGUUUGUUCUUCUCAGCCACCUGUGGAUAAUCUGGGAAAGAAUGAAGACAACAACAUUGCGCUUUCUUUGACUGAGAGCAGAUCUGAUCAGACACGACAACAUUGUGUGUCACUGGUGAAAGAUGUUGAUUUAUUCCUUGAAACAGUUGAGGAUUUUGUUCUGUUGAAGAACUUGUUGCCUUUAUUAACAGCUCCUCGAAAUAUUAGAAUAUGGUGGAUCAAGAAAUAUGCCUUGGAAGAUAUUUCGAUUGAGAGCGCGAUUUACGGAAUUAAUUUUACUGACAAUCUCCACAAAUUAGAACUUUCCCAUCUCGAUCUAACAGGAAAGUGUGCUGCUUUUAUUGCUGAGUCACUGCACCACUCUCCAAACUUGCAUGAGCUCUGCUUGUCAUGGAACCCCUUACACAGCGGUGUGAGUCAUUUGGCUGAGAAUCUUCAUCACGUGCCACAGUUGACUAAGUUAGAGUUAGCUGAAGUACAAAUGGGAGAAAAGGAAUGUGCUGCACUGGCUGCCUCAUUACAGUACUUAAAGAAGUUAGAAGAACUGGAUAUGUCAGGCAAUGCACUGGGUCACGGGAUUAUUGAACUGGCCAAGAACCUGAACAGUGUACCUACUCUGACCAAACUGGACCUGGAGAACACAAAUAUGGGUGAAGAUGAAGCAUCAGCACUGGCUCGUGCACUGAAGGAUGCACCAGAGCUGAGACAUCUUAGGUUAAUGUCCAAUCCACUUGGCAGAGGAGUCAGGGACCUGGUCCAGCACCUCAGCAGCGUUCCUAAACUGAAGUCCCUGGAUCUGGAUGGUGUUCCGAUGACAAAGACAGAGCUUAAAAUGCUGUUUUCAGCCUUAAAUGGAAGAGAAAUUACAUUGUAUACCGAUUACUAUGUAAGUGUCUCG